GAGUGACAUUCCGUGCAUCAAGUGUGCGACUUGUAGGUUAUGUUUUCCAAUUCCCCCGAGUAAAAGUGUUUUUUCGCCCCCCCGUGAUGCCCCAGCGGCGCUUCUGACCCUUGUUACAAUGUCUUCGACGCGAAAAUGCAAAAGUUGCGGCAGUUCGGACAUCGAGGUGGACCCCGCGCGUGGGGACGCCGUUUGUACAAACUGCGGCUCAGUCCUCGAAGUCAACAUCAUAGUCGCGGAAGUGCAGUUCGAGGAAGGGGCCCAUGGCACGAACAGCGCCAUUGGACAAUUCGUCUCGGCGGAUUCCAAAGGGGGCGCAACCAAAUUCGGGGCCUCGUUUCAUGUGGGGACUGGGGUGGAGUCCCGGGAAAUGACCCUGAGGAAGGCCCGGAAUGGGAUCACACACUUAUGCAACCAGUUGCAGUUGAAUCAGCACUGUAUUGACACGGCGUGUAAUUUUUUUAAAAUGGCUUUGAAUCGGAAUUUGACCAAAGGGCGGAAAAACACACACGUGCAUGCCGCGUGCGUGUAUCUGACGUGUCGGACCGAGGGCACAGCCCAUCUUUUAAUAGAUAUUAGUGACGUACUCCAGAUUUGCUGUUACGAGUUGGGUAGGACUUACCUCAAGCUGUCUCAAGCCUUGUCAAUCAACAUACCUGCUGUCGACCCUUGCCUCUAUAUUUUACGCUUCGCUGCUAAGCUGGAAUUCGGUUCGAAAACACAACAGGUCGCCAACACCGCCCUCAGACUUGUGCAAAGGAUGAAAAGGGACUCGAUACAUUCGGGCCGACGUCCUUCAGGACUAUGUGGGGCAGCUUUACUCAUCGCCGCAAGAUUGCACGAAUUCGGACGCUCGGCCAGCGACAUCGUCAAAAUCGUCAAAGUGCACGAGUCCACCCUAAGAAAAAGACUGAUCGAGUUCGGGGACACCCCGAGCAGCGCCCUGACGCUGGAGGAGUUYAUGACCGUAGACCUAGAGGAGGAGCAGGACCCGCCGUCGUUCAAGGCGGCGCGUAAAAAGGACAAAGAGCGUCUUCAAAGGUUGAUGGAAGAGGAGGCUGAGAGUAUAACCGAACUCCAGCAAGAGAUCGAGAUGCAGUUGAAUAGAGAUGCGAAAAUGAAAUCGAGAAAAAAGAAGGAAAGGGACACGGAGGAGAUACAGGAGACCAAUCGGUUUAUUCAGGAGUCGACKAUGGGGACCAUCAAUCAGAUUAUUCAAGAGGAGGCGAUCGACGAUCCCCAAAUUGGAAAAGAAMCGGUCAAGGAAUUGGGUCCGGAUAUCGCCAGUAUGGGUCUGGCCAGUUCUCUGGAGGACACUUCAAAUGCCGUGCAGCCGCCGCAGCCGCUAGACGUGGACAUGACCUUCGACGAUAUCGACGACGAAGAAUUAGAUUCUUAUAUUAUGAGCGAGCACGAAUCGCAAAAUAAAAACGCCAUUUGGUUGGAGCGAAAUGCUGACUUUUUGGAAGCGCAAAAAAUGAAAGCGGAAAAAUUGCGAAAAGAACGCGAAGAAGGCAAACCCGAGAAGAAGAAACGAAGAAAUGUGCGACGCAAACCGAUCGGACCCACGAAUUCGGCCGGCGAGGCCAUCGAGAAGAUUCUCCAAGAGAAGAAAAUCUCCUCCAAGAUUAAUUACGACGUCUUGAAGAGUCUGAAUGCCUCGCUGAAGAGCGGCGAGGACGAAGCGGCCGCGAAAAAGCCGCGACUUGAACCUCCCGAAAUUCCCGCAAAUAUCAAAAUUUUGGGACGGAAUAAAAAAGAUAAAAAAGUCAAUGGUGGGUUACCGCUGGUUGAGGAGAAAACACCGGAGAAAAAAGACGAUCCAGAAGAAGAAGAGUUGGAGGAAGAUUACGAAGAAGAGGACAACACGGUUGAAGAAACGGUCGAAGAGAACGGUUUAUUGGAGAUGUUGAGGCAGCACCGGGAGGACGGGGAGGAAGAACAGGAGUAUUUCGGCUACGAGGAGGAGGAAUACUAGUUGACUUGUUGUAAUUUAUUUAUACACUUUUUUAUUUAAUAUAAUAAAAACACGCUUUUU